UUGGCUCGUAUUCACGCUCUUCCGCUCAUUUCCAAGCCAGGUGCUUGACGACAAACCUCAGAGAGAGAGAGAGAGCGCGUGUGUGGCAGAAAAAAAACCACCUAAUACUUUUACGACUCCAGCAAACUGACUGCGGAACAUCGCUUUCACCUUUGUGGAUUUUUUUUACGUGUGUGCGUCUCGCAUGUGUUUUUUCCCGUAUUGCCUGGCGCAGGUCUGACAGAGUUGUUACUGGACUUAAACGAAGGCGCACCAGUGUUUAAACUCGGGGAAAACGCACCGGGCGCUGGAUUUUUCUUUUCUUUUCUUUUGCUUUUGUUUUCCAGAAUCUGAAGAUCCCAGGCGGGGCAUGACUGGUAUCGGGCAUCUAGACAGGUGAAUAGUUUGCCUUCUUUCCGAUCAGAACUUUUCCUCGUCAUUAAAAUUGGGGAUAAAAGUAUAGUCUUAAGAUGUCAAAGCCUGCUGAUCAUAUCAAGAGACCCAUGAACGCGUUCAUGGUUUGGUCCCGGGGCCAGAGGAGGAAAAUGGCACAGGAUAAUCCCAAAAUGCACAACUCGGAGAUCAGCAAAAGACUGGGCGCUGAGUGGAAGCUGCUGUCAGAGUCUGAGAAGAGACCUUACAUCGAUGAGGCCAAGAGGCUGCGGGCUCAGCACAUGAAGGAGCACCCCGACUACAAGUACAGACCCAGGCGCAAACCCAAAAACCUGCUCAAGAAGGACCGGUACGUUUUUCCGCUGCCUUACCUCGGGGACACCGAUCACUUGAAGGGACUUCCUGUGUCGGCCGCGGACUCUCUUUUGGGCUCUUCAGAGAAAGCCAGAGCGUUUCUGCCGCCGACAUCCGCCCCAUACUCCUUCCUCGACCCGAGUCAGUUCAGCUCCAGCGCCAUCCAGAAGAUGACCGAGAUGCCCCACACGUUGAGCACCAGCACUUUGCCGUACGCAUCCUCACUGGGAUACCAAAACGGCGCGUUCGGCACCCUUGGGUGCCCCAGUCAGCACACCCACACCCACCCGUCGCCCACAAACCCGGGCUAUGUCGUCCCGUGUAACUGCACAGCCUGGUCAACGUCAAGUUUACAGCCCCCGGUGGCCUACAUACUUUUUCCAGGUAUGACCAAGACUGGGAUAGACCCAUAUUCAUCCGCACAUGCCACUGCCAUGUAACCCUCAAGACUCAUUUGCUCUUUAUAAUUCACUUGAAUACUGAAAUGCAUGUAAAUAUAUUAUGGACAGCGCGCCCUAUUAAAAAGGCAUGAACAGUGUUAACUGCCUUGGACUUGUUAUGGCACAAAAAAGAGGAAAAAACAAACUUUUGCAGAAAUCCACCAAGUUCCUGCCUGAGCAAAGGAGCUGGAGUUUGGUGUAAAGGACGGAGCCCUGUGAACUGUAAGAAAUGUAAAUGUUAUAACGUUUAUGGCAACCAGAAAAGGAGGCCUUUAACUUUAUUUAUUGUGUACAUUUCAAUGCUGAUAUGCUGAUUUGUGUUGAUUAUUGAUAGGCUUCACUUUUAUUUUGAAAAAUUGGCUUGCACAAUUAGCGUUCAUAUUUCCUGUAUCAGCCUAAGGAGUCCACAUUUUUGGCAAUUUUAUGACGAUGUUCUGGACAUAGGGUCAAAAUCAGGACAUGUAGGCUGGAUUACAUACGGGUUAUAUUGUUAUAUUUAUCACAAAAAAAGAGGAAAGAAAAAAGAAAACUGGCACAUAAAACUAUACGGUCUAUUUAAGAAGACACAAAUGAGGAAAAAAAAAUCAUUUACAUCCAGAUGUUUCAUUUUGCAUUUUUACCUGUGGUUCAGUGCUAAUAUAGUCACACGCGUCAUUUUAGUUUGUUUUUUGUUUUUUAAGGAUAACUUCUAUUUGAAUUCAAGGAGUUCUAUGUGUAUUUUCUAUCUAAGAUGGUAAUUUAAAACCUGUCAUGUUAUGGAAAGGAUAAUGUAUCUAGAAGGUUGAUACCUCCUGCUCUUUGUUCAAGUGCCGAGCAAAGACAUUUUCAAUAAAGACAAUCUGUCUUCAACCAGA